AAGUGCCACUAUUAAAGUAUGGUUAUGUUCGUGUACGUGUGAGUGCCAUGUGUUUUUUGUUUACCUUGUGUGACAAACUCGUGAGAAGCCGGAAAAACUUUUAAUGAGUGUUUGAAAUUAAAGUGAAAUUAAAAUGCCUUAUAAAUGUGUAGUGCUCAAUUGUUACAGUCAGCGUAAAUCUCGUGAAAAAGGUAGUGCUGAUUAUUUAUCAUUUCAUCAAUUUCCACGAAGCAGAGACAGUAUGACACACGACUUGCAGGUGAUAGUUGAUGAUAGACGGAGAGCUUGGAUCCAGGCAUUAAAACAGGAUUUCAAUAAAAGUACUUUGAAGAAUGGUCGAAUUUGCUCGAAGCAUUUCAUUUCAGGUCAUCCAGCUCACCACAAAGAUAAAAAUCACCCUGAUUGGACACCUUCUCAAAAUUUGGGAUACGAUAUUGGAAUGGCAGUAAAAAAAACCUCUGAUUUUGAAAGAUACGAAAGACAGAAAAGAAGAGCGAUUACGAAAAUAAAUUUUGUCCAGGUAAAAGAGGUUCCAGAAUCUUGUCAAGAGAAUGAAGAUUCGGAGAAGCUCUCAUCGAUUAAUAAUUUAAUUACAUAUUCUAAUGAAAUAAUUUCAUUGGAAACAGCAGGACAAGAAGAAAAUUUGGUGCCAAAUCACGAUAAUGCAACAAAUUUGCUUGUUGACGCUUCGGUUCAAACAAAUCUUACUUCUUUGCAAUUGUCGCAGUAUUUUAGUUACAUGUCUUUGAAUGAUUCCCUUAGGCUUCAAAUGCAAUCGAAAUUAGAUGUGCUUCUGUUAACCGAAGCUGCUUUUAAAGAUAAUGAUCUUAAGACUAAGUUUUUCACAGGCCUUGAUACCUCUAAAAUACUUUUUGCUAUCCACAAGUCGAUUGAACCUUAUUUAUUAAGUAAUAAUGCUAAAUUGUCGACUUUUCAGCAACUUAUUCUUACUCUGAUGAAAUUACGGUUAAAUUUAGAUUUUAAGUACAUGGCUACUAGGUAUUGGUCACGGACAAUAUAAUUUAUGCUGUCAUGUAAUUUUUAAAUGUUUGCAAAUUAAUUAAAUUUUUCCCCAUUAAUAUAGGUUUG